UCUCGCCUGCUCGCACAACUUCGCACAUACACUCAUCCGCGCGCUGCAGCCACAACCGCGCGCCUGUGUUCCCCACUGACGUCGCCAUGACGGACUCGCACCAGCCGCCGGCCGGAGACGCGCCCUCGGCCGCGGAGCUUGGCGAAUCGCUCAAGCGCGCGGGCCAGCUGUUUGGGCCGACUCUUGCCUCGGCGGCCGCGGCCAAGCGCCCCCGGCCGGUGCCACCCCUGGACUCGGCCUCGGAUCUGGCGGCCGCGGUCCGGAGCCCCUUCGCCCUGGGGAUCACCUCAGUUCGAUCGGCAGCCAGCUGUCUGACGGUGGGCCCAGCCACACCGGCCAUUCUAAGGCCGGCGGCCCCGGGCCUGGCUGACUCCCGCGAAGCCCCUCGGACGGACCACCCCGCACCUACGGACUCUCCACUGACGGAUGGCUCCCCGCCGCUCUUCGACAUUGGGGCCCCGGGCCUCGGGACACCAGCCAGCCCCUCGACGGGCUUCGACUCGCCGACCACGCUUGCCGUGGCUCUGGUCGCCGAUCCUUCCACCCCGGCCCCGGGCCCAGCUCCUGCCUUGGGCCGAUCUGAGUCCAUGUCCAUCGGCCAGGGAGAGAGCUCGACACCGGCCACGGCCAGUGCGGCAUCACUCGCCGAGUUGGUGGUUCCACCUCCGGGACGGGAUGGCCGGACGGCCACGACUCCCGAUGAACUGGUCCCCUGCCAGCAGCCGAUCGCCUCCUUUCACACCCGCCCGCGCGUGCCGAUCUUGCUAUCGGGGCUGAUGCUGCAAUCGUCGCAUCCCUUUGAUUCGGCCCUCUUCGGGCCGCGGGGCCCGCUGACAGCCGGCAGCGCUGCCCGGACACACUACUUCUCUCUGGCAGAGUCACCUGCGACGCCACUGGAGAAGAUGAUCAAGGCCCUGGCGUAUUGGGCAAUUCCGGGGCUGGAGCUCCUCCCCCCGAGCUUGGUUCCUCGGCUGGUCGAACUUUUGGAGCGGUCCUCCGCCACGGGUGCCGGCUCUUCACAAAGUGGUCUCCUUUCCUCGCCCUCGGGGGGGAACCUUGCAUCCAUGGCGGCGCGCGGGAUUUCCUCGGCCGGGGGAGAUGGGUUUUCCUUGGUCGCGGCUGCGCGAUCCCUGCCCUCUCGCGAUCGGGAGGAUCUGUCCUUCUACAUGAGUAAGCGCGCAGAAUGGCAACAGUCCUUCCAGUCGGUGUACUUGCUCUUCCGCCAGCGGAAGGUGGAGUACUUCUUCUAUCAGGCCUCCGCAUUGACGGUGGUUUUCUUUCAGUCAGAUGGUAGUCCCAGUGAUGGCGGAGCCCCCUCCUUCAGCGCGCUCAUUUCACGCUCGACUCCUGGUCUUCAGCGCAUGCUCAGCGCCGAGGGGGUCCCCUUCGCCCUGGUGGAAAAGCCCCCGACCUCGCCAGCUCAGGAGCCUGGCUCCGAGUCACAGGGAGUUCCUCCUGGGGGCCGUGCUUCCGCUUCCGGGUCCUCGCAAGCCCCCCUCCUCCGGCCAGCUCCCGACGGCCUUGGCAAUGACGGGGAUGACAGCGAGGAGGACGAGGAGGAUGACCUGAACGAGGCCCUGGCCGACCUGUAUGCCCUGGAAAGCCUGCACCCAGGCUCAGUUGCGCUUCCAUCGGCGCUUCGCCCACUAGGCGGCGAACUGAAGCGCCGGAAGAUGGCUCUGCAUCCGUUGCACGUGGCGGGGCCCAUCGCCACGCAUGCCCUUUUCAAUUGCAUCCUCAAUAGUGUGGAUAUUUCGGUCUUCCUGUCGUCGACGGCCCUGCCGCCGUCGCUGGAAGCCGCCGGGCGUCCAGCUAGCCAGGGCCCCCUGCCGCCGAGUGACAUGCCCCUACCCCCGCUCACCCCCCGGCGAACGGGGUCUCAGCCAGGGGAGUUGACGCGCGGGUCGCAGUCCCACCGCCUGGCCGCCGGGUCGGGUGCCUUCUUCCAGAUCACCCCCUUGCCCACCAUCCUGGCCCCCGGUCCCUUUCUCGGGGCUGGGGUGCACUUCAUCGAGGCCGACAUGCGCCAGGGCCUGGCACCCGGGCCACGACGCGGAGCCGAGGCCUCUUUCGCCUCGCCCCGGCGUCCGGCCGGCGUAGCCACACCGGCAAGCCACUCACGAGCCCGGCUCCCGCGCUUGUUCACGGUCACCCUGCGCGACGCGACCGCUGGCCAGGCGGCGGUCGGCGAGCUGGCCACUCGACCUGCCACCCCAGGAGGGGCUAGCACGCCGGGUGUCACCAACGCCGUGCGCGGCGGCACCGGGACAUCCCUCCUCGGCGGGGGGCCAGUGCGUGCACGCAUGAUUGGUGCCCUGAUGCGCGAAUUUGCCGAGCAGUUCUGCAUCCACCAUGGGUACGACAUCGAGCGCGAGAGUUUGGCCACCGGCCGGCAGCUUGGUGCACCAGGCUCUCUGGAGGCCGAUGCGCCGGGAACCCGCGGACGCGUCCGUCUUGUCUAUACCCGGGACGAGGAGGCCGAAUCCAUCGGCGGGGCUUUCCUGGAUCUCCAUGCGGGAGAGGCACCCCUAUCCGGCCCUCCCCCCGGGUGGUAGACAGCCACCCGUGCGAGAGGGGGAGGCGCAAAAAAUAGACACCCCCCUUCGGUGCCCCACAACAGGUGUCUGUCUUUUCCUCGGCCUGGCCUUCUCUCCACUCCUUUCUCCUGGCCCCAACCCCGCGUCGGGACGACACGCCUAGAUAAUUGCACACACACACACAC